AAAUCUCUCCACCUUCUGGCAGAAAGAACCAAAUCAACCGUAGAUUUGAGACCAAUCCUCUUUACACAGCAGCUAUGCGGCUGGCUGAGCUGUGGGCUCUGUGCCUGCUGCCCGGCAGCCUGGCCCCACCGCGUCCCCGGGAGGCAGAAGGCAUGAGUGAGCUGCAGUGGGAACAGGCUCAGGACUACCUCAGGAGAUUUUAUCCAACUGACUCAAAAACAAAGGAGGCCGACAGUUUAGAAGCCAGACUUAAGGAGAUGGAAAAAUUCUUUCGCCUCCCUAUAACUGGAAUAUUAAACUCCCACAUCAUAGAAAUAAUGCAGAAGCCCAGAUGUGGAGUGCCAGAUGUGGCAGAAUACUCCCUAUUCCCAGGUAGCCCAAAAUGGACUUCCAAAGUAGUCACUUACAGGGUCGUAUCAUAUACUCAAGACUUGUCACCUCUCAUAGUGAACCAGUUAGUGGCAAAGGCCUUCCAGCUAUGGAGCAAAGAGAUCCCACUGAGCUUCAAGAAGGUUAGAACAGGAACUGCUGAUAUCAUGAUCGGCUUUGCAAGAGGAGCUCAUGGGGACUUCUACCCUUUUGAUGGGCCAGGAAACACACUGGCUCAUGCAUUUUCACCUGGGCCAGGCCUGGGAGGAGACGCCCAUUUCGAUGAGGAUGAACGCUGGACUGAUGGCAGCAGCAUAGGAAUUGAUUUCCUGUACGCUGCAGCUCACGAACUUGGCCAUUCUUUGGGGCUGGGUCACUCAUCUGAUCCUAAUGCCGUGAUGUAUCCAACCUACCAAAAUGGAGAUUCCAAGAAUCUCAAACUUUCACAGGAUGAUAUCAAAGGAAUUCAUAAAUUAUAUGGAAGGAAGAGUAAUACAAAAAAAAUUUAGAAACCUCAUGGAGAACACAUACUCAUUCAUUGGAUUAAAUAUCAUUUUUGCACAACCAGAAUAAGUGAGCACAGUUUCCGCACUGCACAUAGCAUGCACUUCAUCCUUCCUUACGUUGUGGUUGGUUUCUACAAGUCUCUCUCCCCUUCUAGGGAUGAGCUCCUUUGUGCCAUGACUGUGUCCUUAUGAUCUUUGACUCUCCUCAGCAACUUGCACUUGGUAGAUUUAAUAAAUGUUAAAUACACAAAUAAAAUUUUUAUUCCAUGGUA